AUGGAAUGGUCAACGAUGAGCAAUGUUGAAAACAUGAGAGUUGCUUUUACGCCACUUCAGUGGCUGGAGUCUAACUCAUCCAACUCGCUCCAAAACUUCAGCUAUGAUCCUUAUGCAGGAAAUUCGUCUACGCCUGUCCUUACGCAAACCGGACCGGUUAUUUCUGUACCGGAAUCAUCAGAAAAGAUCACCAAUGCGUGCCAAUAUCCAAGUAACGACGACGAGAUGAUAAAGAAGAAGCAGAAACUAACGACUGAACAAUUAGCUUCACUUGAACAGAGUUUUCAAGAAGAUAUCAAACUUGAUUCAGACAGGAAGGUGAAGCUGUCGAAGGAGCUUCGUCUGCAGCCACGUCAGGUAGCUGUUUGGUUCCAGAACCGCCGUGCACGGUGGAGGGUGAAGCAUCUCGAGGAGUCGUACAACUCGCUAAGGAAAGAGUACGACGUGGUUUCAAGACAGAAUCAAAUUCUACACGAUGAGGUGAUGAAUCUGAGAGGUGUAAUACUAAAAGACCAUUUGAUGAAGAGGCAAAUGAAUCUGAACAACAAUCAAAUAGCCGGAGGGAGUCAAAUUUACGGUACUGAUCAAUACAAUAAUCCAAUGUGUGUUGCUUCUACUUGUUGGCCCCCGUUAUCAUCGCAACAGCCUUACCCAUGGUAG